AAAACGAAGAAAUCGAAACUUAACAGGUAUCCAAGUCAACUGAAUCGAAACAGAGAAAGGAAAUGCAUGAAUAUGAGCAGAGAUAAGAUGGGAUGCGAAAGGAGACAAGUACUUUGAGCUUUGUAUUUUGUUGUCAGUUUUAUGUAAAGGCAUAUGAGUUAAAAUUCCGUUGCAGCUUCGUCAUUUACGAUGGAAACUGGAAGCUAUGCUGCUAAACUACACGAGUACGCACAGAGAUCAGGGUAUAGGCUGAAAUUUGACGACCUCGGCUCUGUUGGUUCUGACCAUAAUCAAACAUUCACCCAGAGGGCAGUCCUAAAUGGUAAAUUCUAUCCCAAUGGUGUGGGUAAGACCAAGAAGGAAGCCAAACAUAAUGCAGCUAAAAACGCCCUGAAAUACUUGUCGGAGAAUGAACAUCAGGACUCAGUUGACUCAACAGAAAAUGCAACAGAAGCGUCUUCUGCAUCCAACAUCAACUAUAUAUGUUGGCUCAAUGAAUAUGGUCAGAAGAACAAGUUAACUAUAAAAGCUGUGGAGUCAACAAGACCCGGACCAAAUUAUGCUACUCUAUGUUGUAAAUUCAUUGUUGGUGAUAAGGAGUAUCCAGUUGUCAAAGGGGAAACAAAGAGGGAAGCUAAGGAGGAAGCAGCCAAGCUUGUAUAUGAUAUGAUACAGGGCGGUAAAACUACAGAGACUGCAGAUGAGAAAUUCAACCAUACAUCAACUCAACCACAGGAGGAAUUCAAUCAAAAUCUUUCUGAUAUGUGCAAUAUGACAACAAGCCUCAAUAGUAGCUUCAACAACAGCUUUACAGAGACAAAUUACAUAGGUAUUGUCAACCACUACUGCCAGAAAACAAACAGCUCCCAUAAAUUUAUAGAGGAGGAGAGACGCGGCCCGCCUCAUAACCCUCAAUUUUUCUACAAAUUAGUGAUCAAUAACAAGGACUACCCUGUGGGUGAGGGUAAGAGCAUCAAGGAAGCGAGACAAAAUGCAGCUCAGCUGGCCUGGUCUGCUCUUAAAGAGCAGUCAGACUAUGACAGCAAGGUGUCCGUCAGAUCAACAGCGUCCGAAGAUGGUGCUCGACCUGUGUUUUCAGCACGAUCUGCUACACCGGAGUCCCAUGACUCAUCACAAAGCACACCAAUGAGCAGUGUCUCAAUAAUAUUCACAGAUUCAUCAAACCGUUCCGCGGCUCAGAUGCCCUUCAGUUCAGCUGAGUAUGAAGAAGAUACACCAACCAGGUUGUCAACACCAACUUCACUGGAGUCUCUGGCGUCAUCACAAGGCAUGUCAACGGGCACAAGUGUUAAUCUCAAAAGCUUUACUUCAGACUUUGAUCCCUUGGGUUGUCUUGGCAAAGGAGCCUUUGGUUGUGUUUACAAAGCAAGACAUAAACUGCUGAACAAGUACCGUGCUAUAAAGAUUGUCUGCUGUGAGGAGAAAUCUCUUCGAGAGGUGAGGGCAUUAUCAGACCUCCUCCACCCUAAUAUAAUUAGAUACUACUCAGUUUGGAUGGAAGACUCAGGAUACCAAUGGGACAUUUCAACUGGCAGUUCUAGCUCUUCCCGGGCUGCAAAUAAUUCAUUGGCAAAGUACCUCUAUAUUGAGAUGGAGUUAUGUGACACCAAAACACUUGGACAGUGGAUUAGUGAGAAGAACACUCAGUCUCCACAAGACUGCAAGAGAAGAGAAGAAAGUCUAAGCAUUGCUCAACAAAUAAUUUGUGGAGUCGAAUAUAUUCACUCCAAGAAGCACAUCCACAGGGACCUUAAGCCUGACAACAUCCUGUUUGGACUGGAUGGAGAAGUGAAGAUUGGGGACUUUGGUCUGGUCACCAGAGACGAUGACAAUGCUUUGAUGGACAGAACAGUGGGCAGAGGAACCCCAAGUUACAUGGCUCCUGAACAAAAGACAGAGAAGACCUAUGACCGAAAAGUGGACAUAUAUCCUCUGGGGUUGAUAUACUUAGAACUCCUUUGGAAACUCUCUUCUGGCCACGAAAGAGGAGAGGUUUUGUGCAAUGCCAGGCGUCAGAAGCUGCCGAAGGAGUUUUCACUGACUUUUCCCCAGGAGAACAAAAUAAUUAUGUCAAUGCUGCGUGAGAAGCCAGAAGACCGACCUGAAGCAAGUACACUGAAGGCAGAGCUGGAGAAGUGGGCUCAGCUGGUCAACACACAAAAUAUGCAACAGAAGAAUCUAACUGUGUGAUUAUCACAAGGAACUGUGAUAAGUCACAUGAGCUUUAUAGAAAUCUGUCUCUUCUGAUGUCUGUUACUAAAAUUUGAUAUACACAUAUUAAUAUGGUGUUAAUGUACUGCACUAACUGCACUAUAGUACUUGUUGAGAUCUGUACAAAGUGGCCAUACGCCUGUGGCCUGUGGCAGUGGUUGGUAGUUUGACGUUCUGUGUUUUGCUCACGUCAACAUGUUCACAGGACAUCAGAUCAUUAACCAUGCAAUUAAUAAACAACCUAAAAGGGGAUCUAAUAUUAUGGAUUUUAUAAUCAUGAAAAGAUAUACAAAAUAUAUCAUGCUUUUAAAAAGUAACUUGCUGUAAUUCACAUCUAUCUAGCUUAUGUUCAAAAUAAUCAUGUUUAGGGUAAUUUCUGUGUCAACUGGUACCAUUUUAUUAUAUGCUGAAAAUGGUUAAAUGUAUUUCAAGUGGUUUCACAUUACAGCCUUUGCUUUUUUUACUGUAAAAUUUUAAGUUGGAAAUUAAAAUAAUGGUUAUCUGGGA